CUGAGACAGGUGAUUGUCUUUAGGUGGAGCUGUGCUUCUCGCCCUGCCGGGUGGUCACACUGGAGGUGAGUCUGUGUGAUAGUAAUCACUGUGAGCCUCCCACGUCACUGUGGGCGAUCCACAGCCGAGUUCAAAGGACACAAGCCCUGCCCUUGAGUUAGCCAGCGAGAGCCGAGCGGCGUUCUUUAUCAGGUGGAGAUUCUGCUGAGAGUCGGCCACUGCAGCCUCGCUCAGCCUGGGAAACACUUUCUUCUGCUGGAGCUCGUCCACCAACCAGAGCCAAGAUGCCCAAAACAGUCAACGUGCGCGUCACCACAAUGGACGCAGAGCUGGAGUUUUCCUUCCACCCCAACACCACAGGGAAGCAGCUCUUUGACCAGGUUGCCAGGACCAUCGGACUGCGUGAGGUUUGGUACUUCGGGCUGCAGUUUGUCGACUCCAAAGGAUUCCUCACCUGGCUGAACUUUGAGAAGAAGGUGAUGGCCCAGGAAGUGAGGAAGGAGACUCCCCUGCAGUUCAAGCUGAAGGCCAAGUUUUACCCAGAGGACGUGGCCGAAGAGCUGAUCCAGGACGUCACCCGGAAGCUCUUCUUCCUGCAGGUGAAGGAGGACAUUCUGGGAGAGGAAAUCUACUGCCCUCCAGAGUCCGCCGUGCUGCUGGCCUCUUACGCCGUGCAGGCCAAGUACGGAGAGAAGGACAAGUCAACACACCACCCAGGUUACCUUUCCUCCGAGCGCCUGCUGCCCAGGAGAGUGCUGGAGCAACACAAGCUGUCCAAGGAGCAGUGGGAGGAGAGGAUCCAGAUUUGGCACGAGGAGCACAGAUCGAUGCUGAAGGAAGACGCCAUGAUUGAGUAUCUGAAGAUCGCUCAGGAUCUGGAAAUGUACGGCGUCAACUACUUUGAGAUCAAGAACAAGAAGGGCUCAGACCUGUGGCUGGGAGUCGACGCUCUGGGACUGAACAUCUAUGAGAAGGAGGACAGACUGACUCCAAAGAUCGGAUUCCCCUGGAGUGAAAUUAGAAACAUUUCUUUCAGCGAUAAGAAAUUCAUCAUCAAGCCCAUAGACAAGAAAUCUCCUGAUUUCAUAUUCUACGCUCCACGACUGCGAGUCAACAAGCGCAUCCUGCAGUUGUGCAUGGGCAACCACGAGCUGUACAUGCGCCGCCGCAAGACCGACACCAUCGAGGUUCAGCAGAUGAAGGCUCAGGCCAAAGAGGAGAGGCUGCAGAAAAAGUUGGAGAGAGAUCAGCUGGAGAGUGAGAAGAAGAGGAGGGAGGCCAUUGAGAUAGAGAAGGAGCAGAUGGAGAGAGAAAAGCAGGAGCUGAUGAUGAAGCUCUACCAGUACGAAGAGACAACCAAGAGGGCAGAGAGAGAGCUUCAGGAGCAGCUGGACAGGGCCAUGAGGCUGGAGGAGGAGAGGAGGAGGGUGGAGCAGGAGGCGGCCCGGCUGGAGGCUGAGAGGAUGGAGGCCAUUAUAGCCAAGGAGGAGCUGGCCAGGCAAGCUGAGGACCAGAUGAAGAGCCAGGAGCAGCUGGCCGCAGAGCUGGCUGAGUACAGCGCCAAGAUCGCUGUGCUGGAAGAGAUCAAGAAAGAGAAGGAGGAAGAGGCUGAGUCAUGGCACAGCAAGGCUAAAGAAGUGGAGGAGAGUCUGAUUAAAACCAAGGAGGAGCUGCACAGCGUGAUGAGCUCUAACUCAGCUCCCGUCCAGGCUCCUGCUUCCUCCUCUUCCUCCUCCUCCUCCUCAGACAGCGAGAGUGACCACGAGCACAGCGAGGAGAACAGCACCUACAGUGCUGAGCUGCAGUCUCAGGACAUCAACGACCAUCGUCAGGAGGAGGAGCGACUCACCGAGGCCGAGAAGAACGAGCGCCUGCAGAAACAGCUGAUGGAGCUGAGGUCAGAGCUGGCAGAAGCCCGUGACGACAACAAGAAGACCCACAACGAUAGGCUCCACCAAGAGAACAUCGGAGCCGGCCGCGACAAGUACAAGACCCUGCGUCAGAUCCGUCAGGGCAACACCAAGCAGAGGAUUGAUGAGUUUGAGGCCUUGUAGGAAACCUCAGAGACCUGCAGAUCUCUCUCAGAUACCUCAUGAAGGCCUCGUUCAUUGAUGUUUUUAACUGACGUGUGAUGUAAUUAAAGCCACACCUGAUUUUAAAAGACCCAGAAAAGCAUGAUGCUGAUGUGUGUAAAAGUACCUCCAUGAAGUUUUGUUUUAUCAGUUUAACUUUUGCUUUAAAAAGCGCUGUUUCGUGUUGUUUUCUUUGUAGCACUCAAACAUCUCCAACAUGCUGUUUAGUCCCAUUAAAAGUAUGAAAUAUAGCAGGAAGCUGCCGUGUUCCUGAGACACUGUGUGAACAAAUUAACCAUCAUGACGAUCAAAAACAUUAUUGUUAUGUGCAGUUUUGUUUUUACACCAAACUGAAGUGAUUAAAUUUGGAUUUAUCUAAUGAA